AUGACUAUUCCCGGUAGGUUUAUGACUGAUGAUAAAGGUACAUUUGGUGAACAUACGGCGCAUGUUCGCUGGCCGGUGAUUGUGCAGAAUGCGAUCGAUGAUAUGAAAACAGCCAUCAAGGAGGUCGAAACGCAAGAUGGCAAAACGCAGGGUGAGAGUAUCAAGAAGGGAUUAGUUUCGUUGCGCCAGGAGAUUCUUGACGACGCGGUUUUGAGGCCCUUUAGCGAGCAAGAGGUUUUGGUAGGGCGGGUUCCAUUGUCGUUCAAUGAAUAUCUGUCGCAGAGAAAAGAUGCGCAUUGGUUUAACAGCGAGUGGUUGUUUAGUGAGGUGUAUCUGUAUCGCAGGAUAAAUGUUUUGUUUCGCUUUCAGAGAUUGUGGGCGGACUUUGAUAUUUUUGACAGGUUGAAGCAAUCGACUUUCGAAAGUUCGUUGUACGGUGUGACGGAAUUGGCACUCAGGUACAGGAGUUUGAAGAGUCAGUUGGAAAAAAGAAGUGCGGAUGACGACGAAACGUUGAAACUUUUGUUUAAAGAGUUUGUUGAUAUAUCCUUGUGGGGGAAUGCUACGGAUCUUUCUUUGUUGACGGAUGCGACUAUCGAGGAUAUCAAAUCGAUUCAGGGAGCCAAGGUUAGGCAGGAGUCUGAGUCAAAGAUUUUGGUAAAUGAUACCUUAAAGGCAUGGGAGCAUUUAAAGGCAGAAACAACCACCACAGCUGGUGGAGAAGUUCGCGUUGACUUUAUUCUUGAUAAUUCAGGGUUUGAACUGUAUGCGGAUUUGAUGCUUGCAGCAUUUUUGUUGCAAAGUAAAAUGGUAACAAAAUGUAUAUUCCAUGCAAAGGAUAUCCCAUAUAUGGUCAGUGAUGUCAUGUUGAAAGAUUUCGAUAUUUUGUUGAAGGAUCUAAAGGAUAGACAAUUUUUUCCAGUCAAAGAUGAGUUGUCGCAAGGGGCGUUGGAUUUAUUUGCGGAUGAUAUAAGUGACCACGUCAAGAAUGGUAGGAUUGAAUUUCGUGAAAACUCAUUUUGGACUACCGAACUAGAUUAUUGGAACUUGGACAAGACUGAAACGAAAUAUAAUGGAUGCGAGAUCUUUCAAGAUCUUUUGAAUUCAAAUCUGGUUAUAUUUAAAGGUGAUCUAAACUAUAGAAAACUGACAGGAGACCGAAAAUGGCCAAGGACGACCAAAUUUUGCGAGGCAAUCGGUCCAUUAGCAACCAACGGUAUCAGUUUGUUGAGUUUGAGAACGUGUAAAGCAGACGUUCAGGUUGAUUUACCUCACGGAGUUGACGAAGAGUUGACAAAACUGUGGGAAAAGGAUCAUCCAGGUCAAGGAUCUUGGUGGUGCAGCAGUGGUAAAUGGGCAGUUAUCUGCUUUUCCGCUAAAUAA